AUGUCUCUUAACAAUCAGGACUAUACGGAACGGAAGAAUCCGCCGUUGCACACGUCAGACGACUGCUGGAUAUUGUGGCUUGCACCACCGCCUUCCGUGGUUCAUCUAACUCUGAACUCUCCCUUAAACGCCUCCACGGCUGCUCCUACUCGUUCGAAAGAAUCAGGAUCUAGCAAUGGCGAGACCGGUCAGGAUAAGAAGCCGAACGGAGAGGAUAAAUCGCCGAAGACAGAUGUCUCGAUCAGUUCAGAUCCGUCGGAGAAAGGUGAGGCGGCGGCGGAAAUCUAUCCACCGCCGAAGCUUGGACAGUUCUACGACUUCUUCUCGUUCUCUCGUCUCAAUCCUAUCAUCCAAUGGGAUCCGGUCAUCCGUUUCUCCAAGAUAAAACCGACGACGAUUUCUGCCAAAUCGAUAUCUAACAAAACUCUUAUGAAAGCUUUCAUCGAUCACAAUAAUGAAGUUUGGGAAUCUAACUUACGGAUUUCAAGCGAACACAUAGUUGUGGCAGACAACCCAUGA